AUGGAGCAGUCAUUCUUUUUCGUUGAUGGCUUACACGCCGAUAGAACUUCAAAAAAGCGUAUGCGCCAACAUGUAAUGAAAGGCAAAAAUGCAGGCAAAACGUUUCAUCGACCGUCGAGAACCGCUCAAGUUGUUCGAUAUCACGCCAUGGAGAGAAUCGCACGGCCUAUCGGGACUCAAUUCUUUACGUUUCCGUUUCCUGUUCCAGUGACCAAGGUUGCUAGUAAAGCGAUUCAUGACUUCUUUACCAAAACUAUCGACCUGAUUUAUCCGACGCAGCUGGGAUUUGAUAUCGAACAGUACAAGCUGCGAUGGCUUGGAAUCAUGUUUGUCAGCAAACCAGCUUUGAUACAAUCAUCCAACGAGACGUAUCUCGGCGCAGGCUACAGUUGUUCAAAUUCUCUUUUGUGCCUAUCUCAAACUCUGGAUCAACUGGCAAAACAACUUGCAAGCAGCGAGGCUUUGUCGGACCAUACGCUUUCUAUUGUCACGGCGCUUAUCAAUCAUGAGCAGGUGGCGGGGCACUACGUUGAAGCCGGGGCCCAUGUAAAGGGUAUGAAGAGAAUUGUUGACCUCCGCGGGGGACUGGAGAAUAUACAAGAUGGUGCUGUAGCGACCAAGAUUUGCCGGACUGAUAUUCUGUUUACUUUGCAACAAUGUGGCCACCCGUUAUUCUACCGCGACAGAAUGGAUGAAAUACAAAAGACUUUAUUAUCGCGAGGUUUCACGUUACAGAGCGCAGAAGGUCACAAAUUUCGAUCGUUCCAGCCCGUAAUCAAACAAGCCUUCCACGAUGUCUCGGGAGUCUGCAACCUAUUUAACAAGCACAUCGACAAAAAGCCUCUGGAUCUAGUCGAAUUUCAAGAGAUUUUAAUAUCAAUCUGUUAUCAACUACUCGAAUUCAGGACACUAAAUGACUCCAGGCUCAUACAAGACGUCGAUUCAGCAUACCACAUUGGAUUAAUAGUAUUCAUGAUGUCACUUUUCUGGAACAACCAUCAAGAUUGGCUUGCUAAGCCUGGACUGAUAGCAGCCUGCAUCAAAGAAGCUUUGCAAGUAGAAAACCUUGAGGAUAAGUUCGUCUUUUGGCUGUUGGUUUUGGGAGGGGUUUCUGUAUCUGGGGAAGACGAUAUAGAAUGGAUGGUGAUGAGAUUACAUGACAAAGCCCAGAAGCUUGGUGUUGUAACAUGGGAUGAUGCACAUAAUUACUUGCUAGAAUUUCCUUGGAUGAACGUUAUUCACGACACAUCGGGAGAAAAGCUAUGGAAUAAGGUGCGGAGUUUAGAUAUGGAGUUAAACGGCGGAAUUACGGCUGAAGCUUAG